AUGAGCGUGAGGCGUUCUGCCAUUGUCGCAGGGGAUCUCCGGCCGCUCAGGUUCGAUCACGCCUUCCCAUCGCCCGGGGCCUCGGCAACCGCGCACUUGAUCGUGAUGCACGGAUCGCCGGGGACGGCGUGCUUCGGCGCGUUCCACGCCGCGAUCAAGGCGAUCGUCGAGCGGAGCGGGGGAGGCGUGGCCUACGCGCACCGCCCGGUGCUGCCCGAGGCCUGCAUGGCGUCGGGCGAGCCGCGGCACCCCUGCGUGGAAUUCGGGUCGUUGGAGAAGCUGCAGCUGCCGGGCUUCGGAGCGGAGAUGGCGAUCAAGAGCAUGGAGUACAGCGCGGUGGACGACGCCAAAAGGGACACGAACGCCACGGCGGAGGAGGGCGCGGGCUUCGGCACGGUAAAGGGAUUCGACUUCGACGUGCUGGUGGCGCGGCGGCCGGCGCUGAGGGAGGAGCUGCUGACGUUCAGGGAUUACUUGGAGUCCAGUCUGUCGCAGGACACCACUCUGAAAGUGUGGGACAUGAAGGACCUGGGCCUGCAGGCCAGCCAGCGGAUCCUGCAGGCCUCCGACCCCCUCAAGCUGCUAACGGAGAUCAGUCAAAACUUCCCUAUGCUGGCGUCGUCGCUGUCAAGACUGUCUGUGGACACGAAGCUCAGGCAGUCAGUGGCCACCAACCAGAAGAUCAUCCCAUCGAGGCUGGGGCUGGUGCUGCUGAACGGGAUGCCUAUUGACACAGACAACUUCGACUUGUACGAUUUCCUGAAGAGGAUCAGGGCAGAGGUCAAGGCCAAGGUCUUGCUGAUGGCAUCUGGCGUGCGUGCACAGGCAGUGGCCCCCUUCCUGAGGUUGCGGGCCGAAGACAGGUCAGAAGACCUGGAGCACCUCCGUUUCAACGUGCUGCCUCAGGAGCACGUCGUGUUCCUGAACGACCUUGAAAAGGACAGCAUCUACAGCAGUUUUCCCAAGUCUCUGACCUCUCUCCUCAAUGCGUUCUAUCCAGGGGAUCUACUCCCUAUUGGGAGGAACCUGCAGACUGCGAUGUUCAUAGUGGACCCCACCACUGUGGCUGGUGCUGCCCUAGGCAAGGUGGUGUACGAACUAUACCAGAGGCUGACACCCAUUCGACUCGGUGUGUUGUUCCUUGCGCCCACGGUGGUGGACAGGCUGCAGAACGGCAUUGCUGCGCCCCUUGACUGGGAUGCCCUCACUGACGCUGAACAGCUGGUGCGAAUGUUUCGAAUGAUCAACUCGGCCUUUGGGUCAAAGGCCGCCUUCCAGUUCUGGGCUUCGUUGGAUGGCCUUUGGACGGAUGAUAUGAAAUCUGCAAGACCUCUGUCACCCAUUUUGGGCAGAGCUUUUGUGGAGGCCUGGGCACGCAGUGCGGCAUCGCCAGAAACUAAGAAAGGGCAGGUUGCGUCUCGAGUAACUCCAUCAGCGGCGCUGGACCAGUUGAGGAGUGGGUCUGGAAUGGCAGCUGGCAUCAGCCUUCAAGUCGAAACAGCCAUGGAGGCUGCUGUUGAGAGGGGUUUGCACUUUGUGGACACACCAACGAUGUGGCUGAAUGGCCAGAUGAUUGAAAUAGGAGACUCAAGUACCAGGGCUGUCAUUAUGCACUAUGCACUGAUGGAGAUGCAGAACCUGCAGGAACACAUAUAUUAUGGCAAACUAUCGGAACAAGACAAAAACCUCCUUGCCAAGAUCCUUCGUUUGGAGAAGUCCUUGGAAAGGUACAAUCCACAUGUGCUGCCCAUGGGUCCAGGUGAAGAAGCAGAGCAUGUGAUAGUGAAUGUCAGCAGUGAGUUCUUUCAAAGCUUGGCAUUCCUUCACCAUCCGGGAACAGAAGAGACUCCCAAGGUGGCCACACAGCUGGUGACCCUUGAUUUUGGCACCACACAGGGCUUGAGACUCUUCGAAGCCGGAUUGGACUUUGUGUUUGGGAGCAGUGGCAAAAGCAGCCGGGUUGCAUUCCUGCCCUGGAACAGUGCCGAAAGCACUCCUGCCCUGCGCACACUAUGGGAUGCCACGUCAAGGAAUCUUCCCACAAAAGAUUUGGCCGUGGUCUGGCAGGGCUUGCGCAAGGAUCGAAGUUUGUGGGCUGCCCUCUGCGACUCUGAAACUCUGUCUCAGGUGCAUAAUCUGGUGGAAGACGCUGAGCUUGAUGUUGACAUCAAGGGCUGUCUGUCAGCAGACAGAGAAUUUGGUUCUGCAGAAUCUCAACGCCGGGCAGAAUUGGCCAAGAGUGCUUUAGGGAUUGAGGCUGGUUCCGCAGUGGUCACAAAUGGCCGUGUGGUGACGUCAUCGCACGCUGGCGACCUCAAUUCUAAGGAUUUUGUGACGAUGCAACUGAUCGCCUCGGACUACCAGAUGGGGCAAGCCAUAAAGUACGCAAUUGAGGAGGCUGAUGAGGACGCUGGGAGCAAGCAGAUCAGCGAUCAGGUGUGGCAGAUCGCGUCGAUCUUGCACUCCACAUCGGUAGAGUCGAGUUACACAGGGGCCAUGGUGGGGAGGCUGCAGCAGGGGUUCAAGAGGUUGAAUGGCAUGGAGAUACUGUGGCAAACUGGGGAUGGUGUGGAGCCGGAGUUUGAGAUUGAAGCAGUUCUGAAUCCGCUUUCCAAAGGGAUGCAGAGGCUGUCGGAAAUCCUCACAUUCAUUCGGUCUGUUCUCAGACCCAAGAUUACAGUGCAGCUCAACCCCGCGGUGGACAUGUCCGAGAUGCCCCUGAAGCAAUUUUAUCGGUUCUCUCUGCCCAAAGUGGACGCCUCAAAGGAAGGGGCACUCACCAAGGUGCUCCCCCCAGUGUCCUACUUCUCGAGCCUGCCGACUGGAAAGAUCCUGACCCUCAAUCCUGACGUCCCAGAGGCGUGGCUGAUCGAGCCUGUGCAGGCGGACUACGACUUGGACAACUUGAGAAUGGAGGACCUGGGGCCCAAUGAGGUGGUGUUCGUGGAGUACAGGCUGGCUUCACUGCUGCUAACAGGGUCUUGUCUGGACAAAUCCGCAAAAACGCGCAAGCAGCUGUUCCCACGUGGCAUGCAGCUGACGCUGGGAAAUGCAAGUCACCCCGCGAUGGUCGACACACUGGUGAUGUCGAACCUGGGCUACUUUCAGCUGAAGGCCUCUCCUGGCGUCUGGAACCUGAGCCUGGCCCCAGGGCGCACCAAGGAGCUGUACCACAUCGAUGUCAGCACAGACGCCUCAGAAGGAGACCUGGUGUUCGAGCCCGGGCAGCCUGCGGCAAGCAAGAUCCAGAUAGAUAUCGACAGCUUCCAGGGCAGGAACAUGCGCCUGAAAGUUCGAAAGUAUCCGGGCAUGGAAGCAGUCGACGUUCUUGAUGACCCGGAAGAACCGCAGGCAGAGGCAGGCGGCCAGCUGUGGGGUACCCUCAUGUCAUGGAUGAAGCUUGACAAGGGAAAGGAGGCCGUCAAGCUGGCCGGCCAUACCACUGGGCGCUGCGAGCAUGAGGACGACCCGAUCAACAUAUUCACCAUCGCCUCGGGCCACAUGUAUGAGAGGCUGCAGAAGAUCAUGAUCCUGAGCGUGUUGAGGAACACCAAGUCCUGUGUCAAGUUCUGGGUGAUCAAAAACUACAUGUCACCCCAGAUGCAGCAGUUCCUCCCCCACAUGGCAGCAAGGUACGGCUUCGAGUACGAGCUGGUGACGUACAAAUGGCCAUCGUGGCUGAACAAGCAGACCGAGAAGCAGCGCAUCAUAUGGGCGUACAAGAUCCUUUUCCUGGAUGUGCUGUUUCCGCUGAGCUGCAGGCGGGUGAUCUUUGUGGAUGCUGAUCAGAUCGUGCGGACAGACAUGCGGCAGCUGUAUGACAUGGACCUGCAGGGAGCCCCCCUGGCCUACACGCCCUUCUGUGACACCAACAAGGAGAUGGAUGGCUUUCGGUUCUGGAAAGGGGGCUUCUGGAAGGACCAUUUGAAUGGCAAGCCCUAUCACAUCAGUGCCCUGUAUGUGGUGGACCUCCAGAAGUUUCGCCAGAGUGCAGCAGGGGACAAGCUACGUGUCGUGUACGAGAAUCUGAGCAAAGAUCCCAACAGCUUGUCAAACCUGGAUCAGGACCUGCCCAACUAUGCGCAGCAUUCUGUACCCAUCUUCUCCCUGCCACAGGAGUGGUUGUGGUGCGAGUCAUGGUGCGGGAAUGAGACAAAGCCGGCAGCGAAAACGAUCGACCUGUGCAAUAACCCAAUGACAAAGGAGCCCAAGCUGCAGGCGGCGCGGAGGAUCGUCGCUGAGUGGCCUGGCAUCGACGAGGAAGUGCGAGCCUUCACAGCCAGAGUGGAGGCGCUGAUCCGUGAGCAGGGAGAUGGAGUCCCUGAGAGUGACGCGGACAAUGUGUUGGGCCCUUCUGGGCCGCCAGCAGACCAUGAAGCAGCUGCGAAUGCGGCUUCCAAAGAUGCAGACGCCGAAUCUGAGCACACCCACUAUAGCCAAGUGCCGGGACAUGAAGAACUUUAG